AUGUCGUCGGAGAAGAAAGAAGCAUCGGAAGGCAUAGCUUUGCUCUCGAUAUACGGGGACGAAGACGAUGACAUGGACGACCUCGAUUUAGAGAGAGAAAAUCCUCUCGAAGAGCAUGUUAUUCCCCAUCCGCCGUCCGAUGGCGUCGCCGUGAAAGAUGACGGUGUUAUUGCUGGUGAUUUCGGCCAUGGAAAUAUGCAGCGGCCACAAGAAGACGACGAUGGUGAGUCCCGGGAGAAGAGAUCACAAGGAAUACCCUGGAUUUCUUCACCAAGCACUCAAGCAUCACCGUCUAAGUUCUUGGAGCCAAUUGAUCAGUCUAAAUCAGAUGGUUUGAGUUGUGCUGUAAGAGGAUCAGAAUCGGGAGGGACUGAUGAUUCUGUUAUGGGAUCUGUUGAAGACAGAAAAGAUGUCGACCCGUUGGACAAAUUUCUUCCUCCGCCUCCAAAGGCCAAAUGCUCACAAGAUUUGCAAGAGAAGAUAAGCAGGUUCAUUGCGCUGAAGAAGACUAGCGGAAGAAGCUUCAUUUCUGAGGUGCGGAAUAGAAAGGAAUAUCGGAACCCGGACUUCUUGAUGCAUGCUGUAACUUACCAAAAUAUUGAUGAGAUAGGAUCGUGUUUUCCUAAAGAUGUAUUUGACCCUCAUGGAUAUAACAAAAGUGACUUCUACGAUGAAAUAGUAAUGAAAGAACAUGUUAUUUUUAGCCCCCCGGAGCGUAGCGCAGUUGGUGGGAUGGGGAGCCGCAAGUUCGCUUGCAAGCACCGGGUGGCGGGAUCGAAACCUGGGAGGAGCAGAUUGCAGAUACCUGAAGUGGUCGGCCCGCUGGUCGCCCAAGAGUGUACAGCUUCGGACUAA